CGAGAUAAUGUAGGUUUGUCGGGAUUCGGGUUUGUGAUGUUACAUAUAACCAUACAGCUGUGCAACAAAAUGUUUCUGCCAUUGUUCCAGGCUCAUGCUGUGAACUUUAGUACACUCGUACUAACUCGUUCUAGCCAAUCAACCUUUCAGUCUCAAUAAUGCCUGCUCAUCUCAUCGCUGUUGACCUUGGUGACAUUUCCUGGGAUAGACGAGGCAGCGGACUUGAGUCACCUUCUGCGGGCCAUCUUUUGGAUCCGGUCAUGCAAGGCGGCGAACAUUUGGUCCAGACUGAAGACUUGUUACUUGACGACGCAUUGUGGGGAAUUGACGGAUACCAUCUAGCCCUCUCGACUCCAAACUUAUUAUUGUCCGACUCCUCUAGCGCAGGUCCGUUGCCGUUGGAUCCAACGAUGAUCCGUAUAGGAACCUGUGACUCUGGCCUGUUCACCCUCAGUCCAAGCAUUCCGGUAAGACCCGAGUCCUCCGAGUCCGGAUGGUUCAGCAUGGAUCCAGACAAAGGUCUCAGUCAAGAAUUUGGAACGAAGGGUCCAAUAGCCACUACCGUUAGUUUGCAGACAGACAGCUUAGAAGAUGUCCCAAAGGCCUCUUCUCCAGCAGUAAAAAUGCGUUCAGCUUCUCGUAAGCCCAAGACGUUGCGAGGAAAACCAUCGAUACCGGCCAAUAUCGAACUAGCUCGCGAGUCACUCAACAACGUGGAAAGGGAUUACCGCACACGGCUCAAGUUUCGUUUCGAAAAAUUGCUCAGGGCAGUUCAGGAAUCUAUGCUCAAGAGUGAAACUAAGGACGAGGAUGGCUCGGUGAGAGAUGAUUACCACUUCAGCAGAGGUGAGGUGUUGGAUGCUGCGAGACAGCGCAUUCUGGAAUUGGAAGAAGAAAAGAGGAGAUUGACAACUCGGGUGGAAAUACUGAGCCACAAUCUUAUGGUCAACAGAAGAAGGCCAACCGUGGCCAAGGUGUAAUACUUAAGAGGAGGAGGUUGGGGGGGCAUGUUAUAUAAUAAGAUUGAGCAUCUGGAGUUAAGCCGUGACACAUAAACAAGGCACACCUCAGGGUUAUAAUAAAUGUAAUGUUAUAUUAUCUUCAACUUAAAAGAAAAUAUUGGCAAUAGUUUCAGUUUGUUUGUGCCUUGUGAUAAGUUGUUUAAUUGGUACCUGGCUGCUACAGCGCUGGAACGGACUAGCGGGUGGAAGCGGUGAUGUUGUGGACCUUUCCAUGUACACAAUGGUUCAAUACUCCUAGACUGACGUCAGAUAAGAUUCUAUGAUAUAAAGAAUGAAUUACACUAAUAGAUGCGUUGAAGUCUUCACGAUAUGCUUCUAUAACUGACAAUGGGAUCUGCGCGCAAGACUAGCAUGUACAGGUUGAUGGUUAUGAUAUAGUAUAGCUGAGUAGCGGCGUUGUAUCUACCAACCGGCUACUACUCAAGAGGCAUCUAGAAGUGAUCUUAAUAUAAACUAUAUAAAUGAUAUCAUCAGUCCAUACUUCUAUAAGUGGACUGGGCGUGGUCUCUGGGGCAGGGGUUUGGGUGAUGAAAAGUGAUGGGCACAGAUAGGGCAUGUGUCGUGCCCGGCAAAGUACCAAGCGGCAAUGCAAUUGGCAUGAAAUGUAUGCUCGCACGGUAGAUGACGGAUCAAAUCUGUAUCCUUGACAAUAUUGAGACAAAUGACGCUGAGGAUGGAUAUGUACUAUUAGUAAAAUAUGUGGUAUAUGCGGUACAUAAUAGAUCUUGACUAGAACGUACCAUGUCAUGUCGCGGUUCGGAACCGCCCAGGCAGCAUGCACCUCAUGUGAGAGCUCAGAUCUCAGCGCUUGGCUUGUUUUGGGUGGAGCGACAGCAUUCAGGUGAGGCAGAUCUCUGGUCUGGGUUCCGGAGUGCCUGGCUGAUGCAGAGGACGAGGAACUGGUUGAUUCAUCGAUCAAUGAGAAAUCGUAUCUUGCCCAUGAGCACAGCCUUGAUAGCUAUCAGCCAACCCUAUAACAUCGCAUGUGGUUGACUCGAGGCACUGCUUACCGGGGUGCACCUAAAAAAACCAAAGCCGUGAGGGCAAGAAGAGGUAAUAUUAUGAUAGGGAGCCAUGCAAGUUCUGAAUGACUACUGUUUAGCUUGUUGGGGCCCUGGGCUGAGGCGGGGAUGUUGCUGCUGGUUACAGCCAUGGCUUGCGCGUGUAAAGGCGGAGAAGGCACCAAGAGGUCUAAGACUUGCACCAGGGCCUACUCUUCUAAUACAUCCCCAUUUCUGUGCAACAUGAUGUGCUAU